AUGAAAAGAAUUAUAGUAUUUGCUUUAACUUUAAGUAUUGUAUAUUGUAGCAUUUAAUUUACAAGUGCUACCUAUAACACUAUUAACAAAUCUUUUAACAUAUUGUUAGAUGAAUAAUUCAAAGCAUUAAUGAACAUUGAUACAAUUGGAGAGAUAAAAAUUUAGUUUGAUAUUACUACUUAAAUCACUUAUUUUACUUCACCUGAGUGUUCAACUUGUAAACUAUAUGCUAAUGAAAAUCAAAUAACUCUAUACAAAUGUUAAUCUAAAAAUAACUGUGUGAAAAUAAGGGAAUUUGAUGGUUUGUAACUUGAUGGAAACUAUAUAUUAAGUGGAGACAUUAUUGCUAUACCUAUGAUCUUGGAUGGAACAAUUUUCUAUUUAGAAGAAGUUUAUCAUAUCAAAUAAAUUGUUCCUCUUCUUUAGAAUCCUUAAGCAUAUUUAUCACAGAAAAUAGGUUUGCUUAUGAAAAGUGAUGGUGAAGAUUUUAAAAAAAUGACAAUCAGUAAUAUUUAUACUUCACUUUUUGAUUAAGGAAAAAUAGAUAAAAUAAGCUAUUCCUUAUAUUACGCUGAUUCAAAUUAUCACUUGACUUUUCCUGGAUAUGAUACUAAACUAUAAUAUUAGCCAUUUUAUGAUGUAGUUACUGGAUACCAUUAGUUAUAUGAGACUAAGACUUAUCUAACCUCAUCAGUGAAUUUAAAUUUUAGUGAUCAAUAGAUAGUAGAUUCAGUAAUUCUAUAUAUAGAUCCUACAUUUGAAGAUUCAAUGCUUGUGCUUAAUGAAAGUAUAUUUGAAGGAUUUAAAAAAGCUCGUGAAAUAAUGGAAUAUAAAGAAAAUUAUUACACUUUCAAAAUUUUAUUUGAAAAAGAUGUGAAUGAGCUAAAGCUUGGGAAGCGCAUUUUCAAAAAAUUUUUAUACUAUGUUCAUGAAGAUAAAUAUGGAUAAUAUAUUUACUCUCUAACACAAUUGAAGCCCUAAAAAGCUUUGAGAAGUGGAAUUUAAAAUUGA